GAGCGUCUCAAGAUCUUACGUCUCACACUCCUCAGAUGUUGGCAAUUUUGGAGAGAGACGAGAACAAUCAGUCUCAGUCUGCAACCUGUUCUAACCACACGACGCGCACUGCCUUAUCAGUCUGCAGAAUGGACAAUCUCCUCCCCCUCCUCCUCCUCCCUCCUGCAGAACAACUCUCCCACUGACGAGCAUCUGAUACCCCGCUUUUUAGCUGUCAAUCCUGCCACUCGUACGCCAAAAAAAUUGUUCAGUUCUUCUUCCACCUUUGGAUUUACAUACUCUUUCAGUUGUCAUCAUCAUGGAGUGGUUUUCUUCCCUCAAGUUGGCUCGAGGUGCCAAUUCAUACAGUUUGUACGUGUUGGCGUUGUUACUUUUCGCUUAUCUACUUAACCAACUGGACCGCUACACAUUGGCCAUCGUCACCAAACCUGCGGCCCAGGAGAUCGGAUAUGGAGAUCAAGGGUGCAUGAGGAACGAGUCCUUCCCCAUCUCAAAAAGCCUCUCCCACAAAACUUGCCUCGAAAUCAGCACCGAGACGGAAUGUUUCGGUGCUCAGGAGAACGGCACCUUUGGCUGCAAAUGGGAUUACACUGGACAGGGUUUCGACUAUCAGAUUCUUGCAGGGCCCGUUUUUAUUGGAAUUUACACUUUUGCUGCCAUUCCGGUGGCUGCCAUCCCAACUGUGACCGGAGGAUCGUGGUGUCAGCCGAGCAGCUUCGGGAGUUGGGAUGCUAACAAUAACGACGGCUUGGUGGGUGCAGCUUAUCGGAAGUUGUGGGGACAUUUUAACAUUGGGAUUCUGUUGGGGAUUAGCGUCGUCUUUUGGUCCGCGUGCACCUUGCUCACCGGAUUUGUCGACUCGUACUGGCAAUUGCUCGUGCUCAGAUUUGGUCUUGGUCUGGGUCAGUCGGGAUGUACACCCUUUGCUGCCAGCCUGAUAUCGGACUACUUUUCUGAGCAGUUGCGGGGCGCGGCGCUGGGUGUGUACAACUGGGGAAUUUACACUGGAUACUCAAUGUCCUUCGCCCUUGGGAACCUCAUCACGCAGGCAAAUAUUAACGGCCAAGGCUGGCGAUGGGUCUUUAUCAUUGCUGGGAUACCUGGCAUUUUCCUCGGCUUUCUCAUCAUGCUGACCGUCCGAGAACCUGAAAGGACUAAGGGCAAAAAUGAGCCUGGAGAUAAGGAUGAAGUUCGCUCCAGCUGCGGACAUCUGUGCCACAUCGUGUCGUCCUUCUGUCGUCCGUCCAUCCUCCUCCUCUGCUUGGCUGGCUCCAUUCGGAACGCGGCGGGGUAUGUUUGGGCCUACAACACGCAGAUCUACUACGAGACGUUGGGAGAAAGUCGGGGUCAAAUUGCGUCCUGGCUUUCACUCGUACCAAUGAUUGGAGGAUCCAUCGGCGUCCUCGUGGGUGGCUUCAUCUCAGACCGAUUCGCGGCUCACGGUACUGGACCCCACGGAAGAAUCUGGGUUCUUAUUAUGAGUCAAAUUCUGGCCGCUCCGUUCGCUGCUGGGGCCCUCGUUCUUCCCCCGCCUUACGCCUACAUGAGUCUCAUCCCUACCUACAUUAUUGGCGAAAUGUGGGUGAGUGUAACACUGGCCGUGUUGGUGGAGCUGGUUCCUGCCAAAAUAAAAACCACAUCGGUGGCAGUCUACUUUUUCAUCAUUUCCAACAUUGGGGGUAACAUGCCGUUGCUCGUUCCUGUGCUGAGACCUGCGUUCGAAUCAUGGGGCUACACUAAGGAGGCUGCACUGCGAUUUACUUUGUUGGCGUUGUACCCGGGCGAGUACGUGCUUGGUUCUGCACUCUUCCUGCUCACGCUCUUCGUUCUCAAGAGGGACAUCGCCUACAUCCAGGAGCAUCUGACCAAGAGCGACCCCCCCAACGUGGAAGUGGUCGCGAUGGACAAAAAGUUGCCGCACAACCCUCAGCCAGACCCAGAGUUAGAGAAGCAGGGUCAGGAGCAGACGAAAAUGUAAUGUGUCGUAGGGUUUGUCGCCCACGCAUCGCUUAACAUCGUCAUGGACCAUACUGAGCUGUGAUUCAAUUUAUACUUACACACAGAUAUGUACAUACCUAGGAUAAAUAUACGUAGAUUUUAUGUAUGUAUGACCGCACACCUAUCGAUUGUUAAUUCGCAUAUCAUCCCACUCGCCACACACUCAACCAACCAAAAUGUGUGGGGGGGGGGGCUGAUAUGCAUAUAUAUUUCUAUUUUGUGAUUUUACCAAGUGAUUUUCAAGUCCAUAGUGAGGUGCCUCCACAUAAAGUGGGCAGACACAAUUAUGUAUGUCCAUGCACCAUAUACAUUUCCAGCAAUAAAACUGUAUCGUCUCUGUAUGUACAAAGGAA